AUGUUGUUGGUCCUGCAAUUAUUCUCGCUAUUGAUUCUCGUGCACUUCAUCAGUAUUAAUAUCAUCCAUGCUCGUACAGACAUCGUUGCGCAGCUGUACGGCAAUUCAGCAAUUACGAGGCCCAUCAUGCCUACGAGUCUCAAUGCAGCCCUUCAAAACCUCGUUGGUUCGGUCGAUAACUUCACCAACUUUCCAUUUAACUUGCAACGCGCUAUGCUUUGGAGUGCUGGAUGGGUCCAAGCGAUCCCCGAGUCAGGAGCCUCUCCUUCCGACAACGCGUUGGUCAACUACGUUCAGGUCUACGUUCUCUGUGGUCGCACUAUGAGCGACAUUUUCCAAUCCACAAUAGCCUUCAACAACGCUACAGAGUGCGAACUUCAGAGCUGCAAAAGCAAUAUCAUUAGCUACACAAAAUCGAGCUGCCCCGUUAGUUUUGUAGAGACCAAGACGCUUUGUGCAUUGAGCCCAGACACAGCAGUUUCGAGUUUUGAGACGCUCCAGCAGAGCAGUGGACCCAUGUGGUCCAAUGACGGACAGGUCGACGGGAGCUAUAACCCGCAGAUAUUUCGUUCAUGGACGAUAAAAGAUGAAAUGUGCCCCAAUAAUGCUCAGUUUAUCGCUCCGUGUCGAGGAGUGCCUGCUUCUGUCGUGUCUAAAAGUGUGCAAGAACGCACGUGGUGCGAGCCAGAUAUUGAGCUGGGGGUGAAGCUUUGGGUAAAAGAAGCGCUUAUGUCCAUAGAGUCCAAAGACGGUGAUUCGGACUCAAUCUCCAAUGCCUCGUCAUCUAUCGCUGUUGUUCUAGGUGUGCUGCUAGGAGUGUUCAUUCUGGCGAGUGUGAUGUUCUUUGUGAUAUGGCGUCGCGCUAAGAGCUGCACAAAUGAUGGCUUGCAUGAGAAUGAAAACAAUACUUUCUUUGUGCAGGCAUACUCGUUCCACGGCGAUAAAGAAGAAACCAUGAGCGGCAGUAGUUUGUUACACUCGUCGUUGGGCAACACGAUGCAGGUUGAUGCUGUAAACGAGAGCCUUCGAAUGCGGUCAUGUGACCUUGCAGCAUUCUGUGACAAUCAGGAACUAAUGCUCAAGCGGAUUACCUAUGCAGGGAUUGUAUUUCGAGAACGAAUUACGAGUGGACCAAAUCGAGAGGUCUGGCACGGUGAGUACGAAGGACAGCAAGUCUCUAUUACGUGUACAGUCGCAUCUUCUGUUGCUUGUGCUGAGAAUGCGAACAUCGAUCGAGAAUCAUCGAUAUUGAAUGCCUCUGCUUAUAUUGGUGACAAGGAGCUUAAGGCUCUUGUGGACUUUACGAAGGAAAUUUGCAUCGCUGCACCUUUGGAUCACCCGAACAUUGCUCGUUUCAUAGGUCUUGCGUGGCGCACAUUGCCUGAGUUGUGCAUGGUUUCAGAAUUCGUCGCUCUCGGAAAUCUUGCACACUUUCUGGCACAACCAGACAGCAGAGAUCUUACGUGGAAGAAUGACAAGCUGGCUAUUGCGGCUGAUAUUUCCAACGCACUGGUGUAUUUGCACUCCUUGUCGCCCAUUGUACUGCACUGCGACUUAAAAUCGCUCAAUAUUCUUCUUACCGAAGAUCUUCAUGCGAAGGUGAGCGACUUUGGACUCAGUCGUAAGAUAAGCUUUGACGAAACGAUGACCAGGAGCAUAGGCACUUUGCUCUGGACGGCUCCAGAGGUGUUGCGCGGUGAACGGUACUCUGAGAAGGCCGACAUAUAUUCUUUUGGUGUCGUUCUUGCGGAACUAGAUACGUGUUUGCCUCCGUAUGAAUACAGCCAAGGCCGUAAGACCAAGGGCAAGAAGGACAUGAAUUGGGUACCGCUAAUAGCUAGUGGAAGUGCUACUCCUCCGUUCCGACCUGACUGUCCACGAGCACUUCGAGAGCUCGCAGCUCAAUGCCUCGAUCAUGAUCCAAAGAAUCGUCCACCGGCCAUGCAGAUUGUAUACUUGCUUCGGUCGAAGAUUCCACCCACGUUGUAA